GAUCGCACGUGGCGGCGGAUGGCGGCGGCAGCGAAGGGCGGGAGGUCCCGCACCGUUCCCCGGCGGCACCGGGCCGGGCCGGGCCCCGCGGCCUCUCACCAUGGCGGGGAGCGGGGGGGAAACACCGGCAGCGUGUCCGGGAGGAAGGACCCGUUCCCCGGGCCCGCCCCGCUGCCCCGGCCCAGGGUGAAGCGGUUCCUGCGGGGGACGAAGGAGAAGGCGCCCCGGGCCACCAGCCAGCGCCUCCGGUGGCACCUGAAGCUGUCGGGACAACGGGAGGAGGCGGCGGCUGCCCGGGCGGCUCGAUUGGACCUGCUGCUGCCCGAGGAGCCGGGGUUCCUGGAAGCCGACCCCGGCGAGGACACCUCCACCGUCACCCAGGGUGACAUCGCCGAGGCCGUGGACAUCGCCAGCGCCGCCAAGCACUUUGAGCUGAGGCUGGAGCAGUUCGGGCCGUACCGCCUGGAUUACAGCCGCAACGGGCGGCACCUGCUGCUGGGGGGCUGUCGGGGCCACGUGGCCGCCAUGGAUUGGCAGACGAAGGCGCUGAUGUGCGAGAUCAACGUGAUGGAGACGGUGACGGACGUGGCGUGGCUGCACGCGGAGACGCUGCUGGCGGUGGCCCAGCGCCGCUGGCUCCACGUUUACGACAACCAAGGGCUGGAGCUGAACUGUCUCAAGAGCUUCCCGGGCGUCCUGCGCCUCCAGUUCCUGCCCUACCACUUCCUGCUGGCCACCGCGAACGAGACGGGGUUCCUGCAGUACCUGGACGUCUCGGUGGGGAAGGAGGUGGCCGCGCUCUGCACCCGGGGCGGCCGCCUGGCCGUCAUGACGCAGAACCCCACCAACGCCAUCGUUCACUUGGGUCACAGCAACGGAACGGUGACGCUGUGGAGCCCCAACGUGUCGGAGCCGCUCGUCCGGAUGCUUUGCCACCGCGGAGCCCUGCGGGCGCUCGCCGUCGAUCCCACCGGCACGUACAUGGCGUCGGCGGGGACGGAUCGCAAACUGCGCCUCUACGACCUACGGACGUACCGGACGCUGGAGGAGCUGGCGCUGCCGCGCGGCGCCGCAGAACUCGCCUUCAGCCAACGCGGGCUCCUGGCAGCCGCCUGCGGGGACCUGGUGCAGGUUUAUAAGGGGGUGGGGAAGGAGCAGCCCCCCCAAAUCUACCUCUGCCACCAACCGCCCCGCGCGCCCCACGGGCUUCGCUUCUGUCCCUUCGAGGACGUCCUCGGCGCCGGACACGCUCACGGUUUCACCAGUAUCUUGGUGCCAGGCGCUGGCGAAGCCAAUUUCGACGCGCUGGAGAACAACCCGUACCGCAGCCGGCGGCAGCGGCAGGAGUGGGAGGUGAAGGCGCUGCUGGAGAAGAUCCCGGCGGAGCUGAUCACGCUGGACCCGGCCCGGCUGGGGCACGUGGACACGGCCAGUCUGCAGCAGAAGCGCCAGGAGCGGAUCCAACGCCUGGGUUUUGACCCCCAGGCCAAGGUCAAGUUCAAACCCCGGCGCCGGGUCAAGGGCAGCAACGUCCUGCACCGCAAGAGGAAAGUGGCGCACGAGGAGCAGCGGGUCGUCAUCCGGCAGAGCGUGGAGCAGCGGGAGAGGGAGAGGAAGGAGAGGACGAAGGAGAGGGGAAAGGGGGCCCCCCCCCCCCCAAAACGGGGGGCUCUCGACCGCUUCAAGAAAUAAUUUGGGGGGGGAUCCCCUAUGGGGGUCCCUGGGGUGCCCCCCCCCUUACUCUGGGGGUCCCCGAUGUGGGUGGGGGUCCCCAAUGCGUGUGUCCCCCCCAUGGGGGUUCCUGGGGUGCCCCCCCAAAUCUGGGGGUCCCCAAUGUGUGUGUGUCCCCCCAUGGGGGUCCCUGGGGUGCCCCCCCCAAAUCUGGGGGUCCCCAAUGUGUGUGUGUCCCCCCAUGGGGGUCCCUGGGGUGCCCCCCCCCUUACUCUGGGGGUCCCCAAUGUGGGGGUCCUGUCCCCCCCUCCCAUGGGGGUCCCCAACAUCCCAUCCCCUGGGGUCCCCAAAGUGGGUGGGGGUCCCCAAAGUGGGUGGGGUGUCCCCAUGGGGGUCCCCGGUCUGUGUUGUCCCCCCCCCACCCUGGGGGUCCCCAAAGUCUGUGUGUGUGUGUCCCCCAACCCUGGGGUCCUCAAAGUGGGGGAUCCCCCUCAUGGGGGUCCCCAAUAUCUGUGUGUCCCCCCCUUAUUAAAACCUCUCUGC